CGGAAACGCGGGCGGCGUGACUGAGUUACCGGAGAGAGAGCGAGCGAGAGGCGGACCGGAGACCGGGGGAUUCGGAUUGGAAUUGGGAUUUUUGUAACGAUUCGGAUUGGAAUCGCAGCUGCUUCUGCUGCUCAGCGCGUGUGUUCGGCUGUUUGGAGUGUGUGUGAGUCGCCCCCUGCUGGCCAUGCUGAGCAUGUGCACUGCGUUGCUGCUGGCAGCGAUCACCGCUGUGUGCUCCUCAGACUCGGACCCUCACACCCACCGACACAGACACGACUCCAACCUGGAGAUCUAUAAGCGUCUGUUUGAGACGAAGAGGAAGGAUCAGCUGAACGCUCUGAAGAACCUGGUGGAGCUCAACGACAUCAACCAGCAGUACAAGAUCAUCGACAUCAUGCUAAAGGGGCUCUUUAAAGUAUUAGAAGAUUCCAAAGCAAUUUUGGUAGCCGCUAACAUGCAGCCGGACGAUCCCUUUCCACUGGAUGACAAAAUUAAAGAAGCGUACUCUCAUGUGGUUGAGAACACAGCGUUUUUUGGUGAUGUUGCUCUGAGGUUCCCGAGGAUCGUCCAUCAUUAUUAUGAUCGUAACGUGGAGUGGGGGGGACUGCUGCGCUGGGGUCUGCGGUUCUGUAACCUGACCGGAGUGUUUACAGAGGGUCCUCACCAACACGUUCUUACACUGAUGUCUCAGGAGCUGGGGAUCAUAGAGAAGUCUCCAGACUUCAUUAACCCAUACCGCACUGAGAGAGACGACGUGCUCCACACUGCUGAGGCCUUCCAGAAGCUGCUACGUGAGGAGCAGAAGAGGAGGAGAAAGGAGGAGAAAAGGAAAGAAAUGAGGAAGGGCCCGCGCAUCUCCCGCUCUCGCAGCGAACUCUAGCGCCCCCAGCUGGUCAACCACUGAAACUGGGCGAGAGUAGGAGAGGGAGAAAGAGAGAGAGAGAGUUACAGUCAGAUCACACAGCUCUCUCAGCCAGAGCUACAUCAGGGGUCAAAGGUUAGGAGCAGGAGAGGUCAGGUAGGGGUCAGUAGGUAAACAGAAGAAUAAAAAGAAGUGAAGGAGGUCCAUCGUAAAGAGACACACACUGGUCUGCUGCUUCAGGACGCUCCAACACAAUGGACUUUCAUUCCAGCAGGAGCUCAGCCGCAGCGCGAGCCUCCUCUGUUUUAUAAUGUUUACUUUAUUAUUAAUAAUAUAAUUCAUAUUAAUAUUGAAUAAUUCAACUUUACUAAAUCACAGAAACAAUAUAUUUACAUCUUAGUCAGUUCCUGUCGAUCGCUGUGUUUUUACAGCCUGUGAAUUCUAAAGGUUUGAUUGGUCAGUGUUGGUGUUGUUAGUCUGGAGGGGGAGCUUUGGGUUACUGUGUGUUUAAAUUUAAUGAUAAUUAAAUAAAUAAUACAUUUAAUUACAUAUUUACUGCAUUUUGUGUGAGUGUUAGAGACUGUGUGGGUGUGUUUGUUGUUGAAAGCUGGAUUGUUAAUUCUUUGUUUAAACUAAAUGCUAUUACUGGUAAAUCUAAACCAGUUCUGUAAUAAAAAUUGAUAAAAAGAGGAAAAUGAGAA